UUGUGAGAGGCUAUUUGUAUCUUUCAAUUACUAAACUCAAAGUACUGUUCUUUUUUCUUUCACUUGUCUUAGUUUCAUUCAGUGCAAAAUUAGCCAUGCCACUACAAGCUCUCUGUGAUCUGCAAAUCCAUGUAAAUGGUCAACACACAUUCUUUCUCCACCAGAAAGUCAUUUCAAGAUUCUCUGGAAAGUUGAAGAAAAUAAUCAAACAAGAAAAGAAGAAAACACAGAUAAAGAAUUCAGGAAUAGAGAUUCUUGAUUUUCCAGGUGGAGAAGAAGGUUUUGAAUUGGUUUCAAGGUUCUGUUACAACAAUGGAAACAUUAAAAUCACUGUCUCAAAUGUGUGCUUACUCCACUGCUGUGCAAAUUUUCUUGAAAUGACAGAAAAGUUAUCAACUUUCAAUCUGUUACAUCAAACAGAAAACUUUUUUGAAGGGUUAUUUUAUUGGUCAUGGCAUGAUAUAAUAACAUCACUUAAGAGCUGUGAAUCUUUCUUGAAUUAUGCAGAUUCUUGUGGUUUAAUUCAGAAACUAAUGACUUCACUUCUAGCCAAGAUUGCUCAGAAUUCAGAUAUUAAUAAUCUUUUUGGUUUAUCAACUUCAUCAGCUUCCUCUUCUUCAUCAUCUUCUGAACAAAUGAAGUCAAGUUCAAUAUCAACAAACAAAGUUUGGUGGUUUGAGGAAAUGACCAUUUUAUCCCCAAAAAUAAUUGAGCAUUUUUUGAGGACUUUAGGAGCAUUUGGAAGUGAAAAUAAUAGUUUACUUCUCACAAGAUUUUUGCUUUAUUACUUAAAAACAUCAGCCCAAUAUUGCAAAAGUCAGAAUCUGAUUUCAAGAAUUGAGUACAGUGGCUUAGCUGAUACAGCAGUUAAAGGUGUGAUUUUGAUGGGGAAAACAGCAUUUUCUUGUAGAAAUCUUUUUUGGGUAUUAAGAAUUGUUUGUGGAUUUGGGAUUAGUAAAGAAUGCAGAGGUAAUUUGGAGAAAUUGAUAGGUGGGAAUCUUGAUCAAGCUACACUAGAUGAUAUUCUUGUUUGUGGACAUAAUGGAGGUGUUUAUGAUGUGAAUCUUGUGUUGAGAUUGAUUAAAGUUUUUGUUCAUAUUAAUGAUAAAGUUUCUAUACAAAAGUUGAAAAAAGUUGGAAGAUUGAUAGAUAAGUAUUUGAGAGAAAUUGCUCCAGACCAAAGUCUUAAAAUAUCAAAGUUUCUUGGCAUAGCAGAGAGUUUACCAGAUUAUGCAAGGGAUUGUUUUGAUGGGGUUUACAGAGCCAUUGAUAUCUAUCUUGAGUCUCAUCCAACCCUUUCAUUAGAGGAAAGAUCAAGACUAUGCAGAUGUCUCAACUAUGAGAAACUAAGCCUUGAAGCAUGCAAAGACUUAGCAGAAAAUCCAAGAAUUUCACCAAGAAUUGCUGUCCAAGCACUUGCUUCUCAGAAUUCUUCAAGUAUCCCAACAACAGACAACAACUUUGUAAAGGAAACAAAAGUCAGCAAUAGCCAAAUGGUUUUGUACAAGAAAAACAAGAGUGACAGUUCUAGUUCAAGUGAUCAACAUAGCUUGCAAGAAGAGGAACAUGAAUAUAUGAGGCUAAACUUGCAAAAGAUGCAGUGGAGAGUAGUGGAGUUGGAAAAAAUAUGCAAAGAUAUGAAAGGCCAAAUGUCUAAAAUGGUGAAAACUGGGGCAAUUAUUCCUCCUGCUCAUACUAGAGCUUUGCCUAGGCUUUGUAGAAGUCAGGACUUCUGAGAAAAAAACAAAGCAAAAAAAAGCAUAUGUUGAUAAUUCACAAGUGGAAUUCAUCCUUUCCUAGUUUUCUACUGUAACAGAAUUAAGUAUUAAUUUCUUCCUAGAUUUUUUGCCUGUAAAGUUGUCCUUGCCAAUGUAAAGGUUCUCACUUUGAAGAAGUGUUUCAUGGCUUAAA